AUGGCCGACGUCGAAGUGGCCCAAGGAGAGGACGCGCCGAUACUUGGCUUCGAAGACACGACCCUCCCUUCCGCCGGCGACGGCGCCCUCACCACCACCAACGCUUCCACCGAUGUUGCGACACGAUCCGAUGGGACAGUGCAGAAAGUGAAGAAGACAAAGAUUAUCAAGCGAAAGCGACGACCUGCGCGACCUCAACAAGACCCUGCAACCUUCAAAACCGAGCCACCCCCGCAGACGGGCACCAUCUUCAAUAUCUGGUACAACAAGUGGUCUGGCGGCGAUCGCGAAGAUGCUUUCAGCAGCAAGCGUCAAGCGAAAGGUCGGUGCAACGUUGCUCUAGACUCUGGGUAUACGCGCGCGGACAAGGUUCCUGGGUCAUACUUCUGCCUCUUCUUUGCUCGUGGUCUGUGUCCGAAGGGCAGCGAGUGCGAGUACCUACAUCGGCUGCCGAAUAGUCGGAUGGGAAAGGAUGGCGAAGGAGGGCUCGGAGACAUGUUUCCAAGUAACGUGGAUUGCUUCGGUCGCGACAAAUUCUCCGAUUACCGAGACGACAUGGGCGGUGUUGGGAGCUUCAUGCGCGUGAACCGCACGCUCUACGUUGGACGGAUACAUGUGACGGAUGAUAUUGAAGAGGUGGUGGCCAGGCACUUUCAAGAGUGGGGACAGGUUGAGCGCAUUCGGGUUCUGCCUUCACGCGGAGUGGCUUUUGUGACCUACACAUAUCUGGCGAACUCGGAAUUCGCGAAAGAGGCCAUGGCGCAUCAGACUCUCGAUCAUGACGAAACCCUCAACGUGCGCUGGGCAACCGUGGAUCCAAAUCCCGUGGCGCAGAAGCGAGAAGCGAGACGGGUCGAAGAGCAGGCUGCUGAAGCCAUCAGGAGGGCGCUACCGGCAAGCUACGUCGCAGAGCUGGAAGGCAGGAGAUACGAGGGCGCUGAGCCAGAGGAAGAGCGGAAGAGGCGGAAGAUUGAGGGCAGCUUUGGGCUCCAAGGCUACGAGGCUCCUGAUGAUGUGUGGUAUGCGGCGGAGAAAUCACGACUACAAGGUGGAGAGGAGCGCAAAUUGCUGGAGCCCGGCGCCGAAGACGGUGGCGACGUCGGUGGUGAUGAGGACGAAGCGCCGUUGCGGGCCGAAGACUUCCAACAGCAGCAGGCCUCAAGUGGACUGCUGGGCGCGUCGACGCUGGCGGCAUUGCAAGGCUUCAAGGCUGGACCUAGCUCUGGCCAGAAUCGACCUCCAGACAAAGCAUCUGCUGGAGGCCCACUGGUAGGAUAUGGUAGCGACAGUGACGAGGAGUGA